AUGGAGAAGACAAAAGUGGGGUCAAAGAAACUUCAACCAAUAAUAAAGCUGCCAAAAUUACAACACAUGAAAUCCGAUGGAUCAAUAAGGAGAAGUCUUGAUCCAGGGGAAAAACUUAGAUAUCUCAUAUCUUGCCUCGAAGGAGAAGCGAAGGAAUUGGUAGAAGAAUUCCGUAUGGAUGGUGAAUCAUACAAGAUUGCGUGGGAAAUUCUGGAAAGCAGAUAUGGAGAUAAAUCCAUUAUUAAUGAAGAAUUAUAUAAAGAAUUAAGAGAAUUAAGUCCAAAAACAAAGGAUAUAAAGGAUAUUCAAAAAAGAAAAUGCUUAACAUGGAAUAUAAACGAAUUAAGGAAUCUAAUGAAAGCCCGGGAAGAGGAAGAGCUCCUAUCAGGUAGAAGGAUAAGGAGCGGUGAUAAGAAAAGGUUGCCAAAGCACAAGAUUAUAAAUAACUUUAAAGAGGAAAAUAGUCAUGAUAGGGAGCAGUCAGAACGUAUCAAGUCAACCAUGGUAUCGAGUAAAUUAACCGUGAAGAGAAAUAUUAAGAAAUGUAUAUUUUAUGAGAAAGAACAUUGGGGUUACCAAUGUAAAAAGAUAGCUUCUUAUGAAGAGAAGCUGCAGCUCAUAAGAAAGCUUCAACGGUGGUUUCGAUGCUUAAAACUGGGACAUAGGGCAAGCGACUAUUAUAAUAGAAUAAAAGAAAAUUCAAUAGUGAACGAAGUAUUCCUCCCUUGUAGGGAGGUGUUCGUAAUAAAUCCAUUGAAACCAAGGAAGAAGAUUCGAGCUUUAAUUCUGUUGGACAUGGGAAGUCAACAAUCAUAUAUCUCAGAAACAUUAAGAGAAAACGUCGCACCAAAAAUUCCCCAGAAGUACCAUACCUUGAUAGCAGAAGUAGGGAUAAUACUUUAUGAUGGCUCUAUAUUCAAGAUAAUGGCAAAUACGGUGACACAACUGACAUCGCAAAUAAAAUACAUGCAGUUGAAAGCAUACCAAUCUUCAAGAACGAGAGGUGUAAUAAAAAUGGCGAAACCCGAUAUAUUAAUAGGCUCAAAUUAUUAUUUCUUUCUUAUGAGAUCAGGCAUAAAGAACGAGAAAAAGGACUCUGGCGGAUAUGUAAUUGACUCACGAUGUUACAUGGCCAACAAAGAAUGUCCUAGUUUAGUAACCUUCAUGGUGCUGGCAGAACAAGAUCUGUCGCAGUUCUGGGCUCUAGAAACUAUUGGAAUCGCAAUUAACUUGAUUGAUGAUGAAGAAGCAUAUGAACAAUUUGAAAAAUCAGUCAGAAGAAAUGAGGAAGGAAGAUGUGCCAUAUCAUGGCCUUGGAAAAGUCCUGAUCCUUAA